CGUCAGCCGGCCCUCGGGACCCAGGGCCGCUCUCCCCCUGGUCGAGCUGGGCUGCCCUCGGCGCGUGCCUGCCAUGUCGCUGUGUCCGUCUGUCCGAAGCGGCGUGCCGGGGACGGCGGUGGCCUGUGGGGUCGAAGUGUGCGUGCGGGUCGUGCUGUUCGUGGCCUUCUUGGUGACCGAGCUGCUGCCCCCCUUCCAGAGGCGCAUCCAGCCGGAGGAGAUGUGGCUGUACCGGAACCCGUACGUGGAGGCGGAGUACUUCCCUGCCGCGCCGACCUUUGUCAUCGCGUUUCUCUCUCCGCUGUCUCUCAUCUUCCUGGCCAAGGUUUUCAAGAAGGCUGACGCCACAGACAGCAAACGAGCCUGCCUUGCAGCCACCCUUGCCCUCGCCCUGAAUGGUGUCUUUACCAACACAAUAAAGCUGAUAGUGGGGAGGCCUCGCCCAGAUUUCUUCUACCGCUGUUUCCCAGAUGGGCUAGCCCAUCCUGAGUUGAUAUGCACAGGGAAUAAGGACGUGGUCAAUGAGGGCCGCAAAAGCUUCCCUAGUGGACAUUCUUCCUUUGCGUUUGCUGGCCUGGCCUUUGCCUCCUUCUACCUUGCAGGGAAGUUACACUGCUUCACACCUCAAGGGCGCGGGAAAUCUUGGAGGUUUUGUGCCUUUCUGUCGCCCCUCUUUUUUGCAUCUAUAAUUGCUCUGUCCCGCACCUGUGACUACAAGCACCACUGGCAAGAUGUAUUAGUUGGGUCCAUGAUUGGAAUGACACUUGCCUAUGUGUGCUACAGGCAGUAUUACCCUCCUCUGACUGAUGUGGAAUGUGAUAAACCACUUCAGGAAAAACACAUGCUUCCCACUGCUCAGAAGAAACCUGGUAUUCCUUACUGUAUGGAUAUUUAAAAGUCGAAUUUAUCUCAGUGGAGAACAGAUGAAUCACCCCUCCUAACAACCAUACACAAGACAGGAAUUUCUGGCCUUUUAACUCCUUCCAAGGUACAGAUGACACAGCCUACUGUAUUGGGCCUUCUGUUAUGCACUUUGCCCUACUUCACAUGGAUCUAUCAUGAAGACUCCAGGCCAUUCUCCACCUCUGAACGCCACAAGUUCUCCAACGUCUGGUCCAUCAGACUGGCAUCCCCAAAUCCUGUUUUUCCAUUCAAUCUCAAUGCUUGCUCUUAGAAGCAUCUUGUCACAAAACAGACUACAUAGCACCACUUUAUCCUAGAAGCUGGAGUUAAAAAUCACUGAAACAAUUUCUGUUUUUCAUAACUUGAAGUCUUAAACUCUGGGGCCUAAUCAACUGAAGUUUGAAUUUGUUUACUUUCUCUAGUGAUAAUUCUAUCAAGCUUUAAGGGAGAAAAUGUCCAAUUUUGGUUGAUGCUCCACUGCUGAACCUAUGUUAUCAAGUCCAGACAUCUGAUACUGUUUUCCAUUUUGUUGAAUUACCAUGAGAACACAGUGAAAAAAAUGGUGAGGACUGUGAUUUCAGCACUCCCAGGUAAUUCUACCUCAUUUGUCUCUGAACUGUGCUCAAUUUCUAGCCAGAGUCAACUCUGCCAGUGGACCAUUUGUUAUGUGGAAGACUCUGCGCAUCUUUUCCUGUCUUCUCCUAAGGAACAACUGUGUUACAUUAUGAGAGCAAUACUGUAGGAUCUAUCACUGCCUUUCUCUUUUGUAACUAUACUUUAAAUAUGAUUUUGUCUUACGCUUAUCUUUCUACAGGAUACGUUCAAUGCAUCUUCUUUAAGUCAACAUGAUAUUCAAAUAAAUGGUGAAUAUGUACUUUUUUUUAAAGUACUGCUGUAGGGCUGGACUGUGAACACUGGCGCCCCAUCACACAUAAGUGAUCAACCUGCUCUCUGUAGCACUAGUUGGCAUUUAUACGAACGGAAGGACCAUUUCUGAAUUGACCUUGUAAUUUCCACACUUUAACUUUUGAACUAUAUUUGCCUAUGACAAUGAAAAUACUAGUCGUGGGAACAUAACUUAGUAUUAGUUCUUUGCCUGAAACUGUAAACUUAUUUUGGUAAGACAUAAGAGAAGCAAAUAGUUACUGCACUAAUUUUCCUUGUGAUAAAUGAGGCCAAGCAAAACUAGGCAACUAGUCAAUACAGUUUUAUUUUAGUAUUUACUAAAGUUUUGUAUAUAAUCACGUAAAAAACAAACACUUCAAAAGUGCAAAAUAUUAGAAAGCUAAUCAGUGCUAUCAACUUUCCAAGCAAACAGUGACUUAUUGAAAUAAACAAUCUUAAUUCUGCAGCUAGGAGUACGUAAAAAAUAAUGUUACAUUGGAGUCUAAAAAUAGGCUUGGUCAGAGAUUGCACAUGAUACAAGUGAAGCAGUGCAAAUGAUGCAUGACUAAAUAAAGAACUUCAAUUGAGCUUAUUAAUGUGUGUACUAUGCAGCCAGAAUUCCACUAGUAGAAGGAUGAGAUAUUAACCACCAGGAAAGGAGCCUUCCAUUCCACUCCAGUGGUUCCCUUAGUUCUGCGGGUGUUAAGCUGUCCAUCUUUGGUUACGUUACAGGACUCAACUCUUAGUUGUCCUUUGGUUUAUUCUUAAA